AUGGCUGAGAGACGCAAGCAGCAACUACCGGCUCAAGCGGAAACAUCGAGUCCAUACGACACGGCAUCUCACGCCACCGAGCGAGAGAGGACCAACACGGUUGACGAGAUCGAGCCAGUGCCACUCCGGGAACGCAUCUUCAACAAUGUCCGGGCGACAUAUGCCGCACCCGAGUCACCUUCAUGCUUGCUCCAGCUUUACUACGGGCCUUCAUCAAACUUCUCAUUCCUACAGCACAUCCACUCGCAUUUAACAGCACGACGGGCGUCACGCUCCAUCAGUGAUGGCAACGACGAUGACCAGGGAAUUGAUAGAUUCAAGUACAAGAGCAUCGUCUUCGGAAGUGCGUCAAAAAAGGGCCCUGCCACCUCUCCGGUAUUCCUCCACUACGAGCUGGCCCUGUCAUUUCUGCAAAACUUCCUUUCGACCACCCACCACUACCUGCCGCUUCUCGAUUCGGACCGGCUCUACGAGACAUUCGAAAAGCUUUACGGUCGCAAAGGAAGGGGGGAUUCCAUUGAGCCUUUGGACAAAGCUGGCGUAAUCGUCUCCAUGGCAUUGGGCGCCAUGUCAACCGAAGAAGAAUACUGGAGACAACGCCUCCUGACGCAGGCACGAACCGAAUCCGAGUCAGUGCGCUACCACGUAAACGUGAAGGCGGUACAAGUCGCUCUGCUCAUGGCCCACUGCGAGUUUGCAACCGGCCAUCCAAACCUGGCAUACCUUUCUCUUGGCAGUGCCGUCACCAAAGCUUUCGCUGCGGGGCUUCACAAGGGAGGCAGCGGCUCCGACAAGCCGGAGCUGAGCCAUACAAUGUGGAAUUUGUUUUGCAAUGAAAGCAUCUCAUGUCUCAUGCUCGGAAGACCGUACCUGCUGGACCGGGAUAUCAUCACUGUUCCCCUUCCGCAAAGGCCGUCGUUUAUGGCGGCCCUGGUUCGACUCUGCACGACCAUUCGGAACACACAUCGGUUAUACUUCCAUCACGAGACCUCGACCAUUGCCAACAUGGUUGAAUCUGCCCACGAAAUCCGUCGGGAGCUCGAAGACUUCUCCAGCUGUAUCAAGCAAGACGUUGGUGUGUGUAUUGGAGAGUUGACUUGCCUAGUGGAUGGAGAGAAGCUGGCGUGGCACGUCGUCACCAAUUACCUGUAUUUCUACACAAUGAUCCUUGCGUUUCGACCUUUGCUACUGCUGCAAGUUGAGCUCCAGAGGCCGAAAAUCGCGGAGGAACAACUCAACGGCGAAACCGUGCCAAACACCAGCCAUCACAGAUGGCCUCUGCUACUCGACGCCCGAGAGCGCUGCAUCAACGCAGCCCGAUCCAUCAUCUCGUUCUCGGAAUCCCUCUUAUCAACAGUCACCGGCAUACAAAGCCUCUGCAACCACGGAUAUUUCCUCGAAAGCGCAUGCUUCGUACUCGUUUUGGCAGCAACACACGACAGCGAUGCCGCAGCGUGGUCCAGCCACAUCCAAUUCAUCACUCGUGGCCUGGCGUCUUUGCGGAAGUUGGUCCAGCGAGAGCCCAUACCCAGCGUGGUUGCCGCGCUGGAACGCAUGCGUGCGAAGCUGGUUGCGGGACACGCGCUCCUGGAGCAAUCAGCGACGCCGGAGCCGGUGCCCUUGCAGCAGGGUGACGCGGCUGAUGUGCACUCUGGCCCUGCAGCCACGAUGCAGAUGGAAGACGUGGCGAUGAUGCCCGGCCUUCUUCCUGAUCAGCAGAGCGGAGUGCCGCAAGGUGGUGGCGGCAUCUGGACGGAUGCGAAUCAGGAGAUGCUGGCCAGCGCCGCCGACGACAAUGGCAUUCUGGAGAAUUUUGAACUGCCGAAUAUGGACUGGGGUAUCGAUUUCUCGUUGUUGGACGUCGAGGAGUUUGUUUCGGUCAUGGGGAUUCAGCCCGCGUUCAACAACUUCCAUUAG